ACACAACAAGCUUUUAUAUUCUUCUUCUUUUCUCUCUCUUUAUCCUCAGCCCAAAAACAUGAACACUCUUACCUCAAACUCUUCGGAUCUUACUUCCACUACUAGGCAAACAUGGUCGUUCAGCAACAUGUAUCUCCUCACGACUCUUCAAGCCUUUGUGGCUAUAACCUUAGUGAUGCUUCUCAAGAAAAUGAUCACUAAUCCUAAUAAAAAGAAAUUGUAUCUCCCACCUGGACCUACCGGAUGGCCCAUCAUCGGAAUGAUUCCAGCAAUGCUAAAGAGCCGUCCAGUUUUCCGGUGGCUCCACAGCAUCAUGAAGCAGCUAAACACUGAGAUAGCAUGCGUGAGGCUAGGAAACACUAACGUGAUCACCGUCACAUGCCCUAAGAUAGCACGUGAGAUACUCAAGCAACAAGACGCUCUCUUCGCCUCAAGACCUAUGACUUACGCGCAAAACGUCCUCUCUAACGGAUACAAAACCUGCGUGAUCACUCCGUUCGGGGAACAAUUCAAGAAAAUGAGGAAAGUCGUGAUGACGGAACUCGUUUGUCCGGCGAGACACAGGUGGCUUCAUCAGAAGAGAGCGGAAGAAAACGACCAUUUAACCGCAUGGGUAUACAACAUGGUUAAGAACUCGGGCUCAGUCGAUUUCCGGUUUGUGACAAGGCAUUACUGCGGAAAUGCUAUCAAGAAACUUAUGUUCGGGACAAGAACGUUCUCUGAAAACACUGCAGCGGACGGUGGGCCAACCGCCGAGGAUAUCGAUCAUAUGGAAGCUAUGUUUGAAGCAUUAGGCUUUACGUUUGCUUUUUGUAUAUCUGAUUAUCUACCUAUGCUCACGGGACUUGAUCUUAACGGUCACGAGAAGAUCAUGAGAGAUUCAAGUGCUAUUAUGGACAAGUAUCACGAUCCUAUCAUUGAUGGAAGGAUCAAAAUGUGGAAAGAAGGAAAGAGAACUCAAAUCGAGGAUUUUCUAGAUAUUUUCAUUUCGAUCAAAGAUGAAGAAGGCAACCCAUUGCUUACCGCUGAUGAAAUCAAACCCACUAUUAAGGAGCUUGUAAUGGCGGCGCCAGACAAUCCAUCAAACGCCGUAGAAUGGGCCAUGGCGGAGAUGGUAAACAAACCUGAGAUACUCCGUAAGGCAAUGGAAGAAAUAGACAGAGUGGUCGGAAAAGAAAGACUUGUCCAAGAAUCCGACAUCCCAAAACUAAACUACGUCAAAGCUAUUCUCCGUGAAGCUUUCCGUCUCCAUCCUGUCGCCGCCUUUAACCUCCCACACGUGGCACUUUCCGACACAACCGUCGCCGGAUAUCACAUCCCUAAAGGAAGUCAAGUACUUCUCAGUCGAUAUGGGCUGGGCCGUAACCCAAAAGUUUGGGCCGACCCACUUAGCUUUAAACCGGAGAGACAUCUCAAUGAAUGCUCAGAAGUUACUUUGACGGAGAACGAUCUCCGUUUUAUCUCGUUUAGCACCGGGAAAAGAGGUUGUGCUGCUCCGGCUUUAGGUACAGCGUUGACUACGAUGAUGCUCGCAAGACUUCUUCAAGGUUUCACUUGGAAGCUACCGGAGAAUGAAACACGUGUUGAGCUGAUGGAGUCUAGUCAUGAUAUGUUUUUGGCUAAACCGUUGGUUAUGGUAGGUGAGUUGAGAUUGCCGGAGCAUCUUUACCCGACGGUGAAGUAGAAACCACGGCGUAUAUAUUUUUAUAUAGCUUCAUGUACUUAUAUAACCACUAAGUUUGGUCAAUAUCUCCGGUUACCAGAAGAUAAUCGGUUAAUUUGUGAACAAACUUUUGUUUGGUUUUGGUUCCUUUGGAGACAAUACUUGAAUUGUGUCUCCUUACCUUUUUUUUAAUUU